AUGGCGGAGGUCUGUAACAACACUCUCAGGAUUACCGUGUCGGCAGAAGACAGAGAUAGAGACGAGUGCAAAGACACCUCUGUGUGCGGCCCCAACGCAACCUGCAGCAACACUUUGGGAGGAUACAGCUGCUCCUGUCACCAUGGAUACAGAGCCCCCCCAGGGGUCACUCUCACCAACUCCACAUACCCCUGCCAAGAUGUGGAUGAAUGCAGGGAGAACCCUACAAUCUGCGGCUCAAACGAAACCUGCAGCAACACCGCUGGCAGCUUCACCUGUGAGUGUAAGGAGGGAUUCAUUGCCAGCCUGGGGCUGGAAUGGAAGCUGGGCGUCACCACCUGUACAGUGCUGUCUGAGAGGGGGGGUGAGGACAGAGACAAGCUGAGAGAUACCAUGCUGGAGGUCACAGAGAAGCUGGCGUCAGCACUGGUGAAGCCCACACAACACCAGAGCUUUGCCAGCGUCACUACCACACAAAUAGAGGUGCAAACGUUUGCCAUCGGGCCAGAAACCAACCUGACAGACACACUUCAGCUAAAAUCCAGAGUAAACCUUCUGGAAAUUGAUCUGCUUGGAAUUGCUAAGAACAACAAUGGAUCUGGAGCGGUGGUCUUCAUAGCAUACGCCAACAUGGAGGAUAUGCUGAAGGCCAGACUUUUCGACAUGGACAACAACACCAUCAAGACCAUGAUGUCCAAUGUCGUCUCUGCAUCCCUCCCCAAUACCAAACACCCAACAUUGCUGAAACCGGUCAACUUUACCCUGAGACACCUCACACCUCCCUCCCUUUCUCGGCAGGUGGACCCUGGGGGUAAUCUCACCUGUGUGUACUGGAAUCAGAGCAGGUGGAUCGUGGAUGGCUGUGAGGCCACAAAGAUCAAUUCCAAUUACACCAUGUGCACCUGCAACCACCUGUCCACCUUCGCCCUCAUCAUGCAGACGGACAGAUCACCUGAGGAUGACAUCAUCUUGAAGUGGAUCAGCAUGAUUGCAUUGUCAGUGGGGCUGCUGUUUCUGGCCCUGGCCAUCCUGACCUUCAUCCUCUGUCGCUGGAACCCUAAAGUCAGCAACACAGCACGCCUCAACCUCUCCAUCUGCCUCUUCCUGGCCCACCUGCUCUUCCUGCUGGUGCAGAGUUUCCUCUCUCACAUCCAGAAGCACAAGCUGGUGUGUGCAGUGAUCUCGGGCGUGCUGCACUUCCUCUUCCUGUCCAGCUUUGUGUGGAUGUUCCUGGAGGCUCUGCAGCUCUUCCUGUUGGUGCGCAACCUGAGAGAGGUCAGGAUUAUACAGAGGGAGGGAAUCCACUGGGGCUUCCUGCUGCUGAUUGGCUACGGCGCCCCCUGUCUGGUGGUGGGUGUGUCUGCAGGAGUGGUUCCCGAAGGAUACGGCAGUGACCAGUGCUGGCUGAAGACUGAUGAAGGCUUCAUCUGGUCUUUUCUGGGGCCAGUGUGUUUUCUCCUUGCAGUGAAUGUCAUCCUCUUUACUACCAUCACUGGAUACCUGUGGUUUGCCCUGGCUGGCCGGGACAAGGAAAUCUCUCAACUGAAAGACACCAGGAUGAUGGUGGUAAAAAUACUAUUCCAGUUGAUCAUUCUUGGUUGCUCCUGGAUGUUCGGCUUCUUUGUGAAUAACAGCAAGGUGCUGGAGUAUCUCUUCCUGCUUAUAACCUCCCAGCAGGGCACGUUCAUCUUCCUGGUGCACUGCGUCUUCAGAAAAGAGGUUCAGGAAUGGUACAGGAAGUGGUGGAAGAUCCUGUGCAGCUCCAGCGAUGCCUCUGACUCCUCUAACUCCUCCAAGACAUUCACAACUUUCUCGAGCAUCACAGGUUCCUUACGGCCUGGCUUCUGCACCUUUGGCCUUACAGAAGAUAAUGGCUACCAUCCUACAGGGCCAAACUACUUGGAUGACCUGAUAGUCUAUGGUGCCACCGCUGCUGAACACCACCAGAACCUUAGCGCUGUACUACAGAAACUAAAAGAGUCUGGCCUGGUGCUCAACAACAACAAAUGUCACUUCAGAAAGCCUUCCCAGCACUUCCUGGGUCAUGUCAUCACUGCAGAUGGCAUCUGUCCAGACCAAGAGCACUUUGACGCCAUCCUGAAAGCCCCACCUCCAUCUGAUGCUGCUACUCUUAGAUCCUUUCUGGGUCUGGUGGCCUGGUACUCGAAGUUCCUCCCCAACAGCCGUGGCCCCCAUACGUGA